AUGGACAAUCCUCAUGACUACCUCAUCUCCUCUCCCGCUCCGCCUCGGCAAACAAACCCUGACAAUUCGCAUAGUUGGGUCAUGCUCAACGAGGGCGGCUUCGUCAAGCUAGGAAACGAACGCAUUCUCCUCAAACUCGACUCCAGAAUUUCAUGCGACCUCUCUGUGCCGCAGGAGCUGCGGGCAACCGGCGCACAGUUCCAUCGCAAAAGCGACAAGGGUUCCUUGUUUCUCACAAAUAAAAGGAUCGUCUACCUACCCGCGAAAGCGAUCCAAGAGCCAAAAUUCGAGUCUUUCAGCGCUCCGAUCCUUAAAUUUCAAGAUUCAUCGACAUCCUCGUCAAUGUGGUGGGGCUGGGUAUGGAAGUCAGAUUGUGUUCCUGUGUCGGGCGGCGGAAUACCACCAGACAUACCGCGAAUCGAAGUCAAGUUUACUUUUUCUGACGGUGGCAUGAUGGAGUUCAACGACGCUUACAUUCGGCUCCGCGAGAGACUAUUCCAAUAUCAAGAAAUGCGACGAGAAAUGGGGCCCGGCGCAGACAUCCCCGAUGAGCCCUUGCCCGCAUACGAAGCUGCGGGAUCUGCUCAGCAACCUGCUACUGGCACUUUAGAUGUGCCUACUGCCAGCCACGCUCGGUCUGAAAGCUCAUCGAGCCGGCGUGCGCCCAAUGAACCGCCGCCAAAUUACGACGAGGCUCAAGCUCAGCAAUUGAGCAAUCGACUGGAAGACCACAUCCGAGAUGGCGUCAAUCGAGGAGAGAACGACCCGUAA